AUGUUCGGAUCUUAUAAAUCUUGGAUAUUCAUUUUAUUGUGGCUUAUUCAACAGGGUGACGCUUACGACGGCCUCAACCCCGUGAGUGUGGACUUAAGUGUUUGGCACCAACGUAGCCCUCGAGUGGCACUGCGCACUAAUGCUCAGCUCGCUUGUGAAAAGCCCAAUAUUUAUAUCUGUGAGGAACCCCCCGACACAGUCCCCUCCGAGGCUGGUAAGACGUGUAAUUUCCGUAAUGUCAGAUACCACGAACAAGUGUACCGAUGGGUUGCCGGACGAGGGUGCCUACUCUUCACCCCAGAUUUCCUAUAUGUCAAUGGUUCUAAUCCUUUGAACCUCAAUGCUGGGUGUGUUUAUGGUAACCUCUUCGCUCCGUGCUUAGAAGUAGUUAAGGAGGACGGCUCGUGUGGCUGCUAUCCAUUUGAUCCUGCCCUCGAAGAGGUAGCAAUAGCAGUACGAGAUGCCUUGGUACCAUCAGGUCACGGUCGGUGGGAGCGAUGUUUUUAUCAAGCUAUGGAUUGUUGUAGCAACUUCAUGGGAGAUAGAACUGAAAACAAUGUUUGCGAAACGACCUUUGACGGGUGGACGUGUUGGGACUCAGCUCAAAAUGGUACAGUGGCGAGUGCUGUUUGCUCUGAAUUUGCUUACUCCAGUUCGGGUCCAUCUUGCAACCACUUCAGCAGUAAGAGAUGCUUUGAAAAUGGAACAUGGGAGCUUCAAACGGACUACACAACGUGUAGCAUAACACCGCGCCUUUUGCGAAGAUAUCGUUUUUAUAUCGCUAUGCUAUCGUUUUCGAUUGCCUGCUGUAUACCGGCCAUAUUCAUUUUUUUCUUCUACAAGAGACUUAGGAUAACAAGAGUGGCGUUGCAUAGGAAUCUUUUAAUAGCCAUUGUGAUUCGCAACGUCCUGGUCAUCGUCAGCAGGAGUGAGGUCUAUGUAGAUGAGCUAACAACCGCUGGAGACACUGUUUUGUCCCUGAAUGGCGUAGCGUGUAGAGCGUUGGCUGUAGCGGAACGUGUAGCGGGUAACGCUGUGUUUAUAUGUAUGUUAGUGGAGGGCAUAUAUCUGCAUCGGCUUAUAGUUGCCGUGUUUAGGAGGAAAUUGCAAAUUGUAUGGUUGUAUGGGAUCGGAGCAGUGAUCGCAAUAAUACCAGUAGCUGCAUGGUCAGUGGUAAUGGCACUGCAAAAUGACCACUCUUGUUGGAUUGUCUACACUGUCGAUCAUAUCCAGUGGAUCAUUGAUGCUCCCAGAAUUUUAAUCCUUUUUCUGAAUACAGUACUAUUUAUUGACGUUUUGAGGGUAUUGCUAACUAAGAUACGGAAUUCGGAAAAUGCUAAUCAAUUGAGCACAGCAAAGGCGACACUAUUCCUGAUGCCGCUAUUUGGUACUCAGUUUAUAUUUACCGCAGUCAGACCAAGCACUGAUGACUGUGUAUGGGAACAAACUUACUAUUUCAUUGCCUACACGAUAGAAGGCUUGCAAGGAUUCAUCGUGGCUUUACUCUAUUGCUAUGUUAACAAAGAGGUUCACGGACUUAUAAAAGCGACAUACAAGAAAACAGAAAGCGCUGUAGUAUCGCGUGUAAGAGGUUCGAACUACCACACAAGUAUAGAUGUUAACUCCGAACGCCGAUUCACAUACAGUACUGCUCUACCAUCUAACAUGGAAGAAAAAGACCCCUACACAUACAUGAGACAAAGAUUACAUGUCGCUGAAAUCAUAUCAAUACAAGCUACAGAACGAUUGGCAGAAAUUCUGGACCCAGUCUAUGAAACUAUAGGUGAUAAUGGUCUGGUGAAUGGUGGAUAUGAUUAUCUAGAUAGACCUGAUUUGGAUAACGACUAUAACUUCACUAACGCAUCAAGUGUGUCCAUUAAUUGCCCGGAUUGGUUGAAAUGCACGUCACCUGAUAGUAGCAUUUAUAACAAUUCAGUGAUUGAUCUAACUAAGGCAGCUAAAGAUAUGGAAAAUGAUAAAAAAGCAAAAAUAGAGAAAGAGCCAAAACAAAGUAUAUAUCAGAAUGUUGGGGAAGACAAUGAUAACUUGAAGGAAUACGAAAAUAGUGAUAUGUUAGAUGAAAUAAUACAAUACAUGGAAACUAACGACAACCUCGUCCUGAAAUCAGAACUACUUUCACCUAAUAGGAAAGAAAACGAAAAAAUUGUUAUUGUAGAAUAUGAUUAA